UCUUCUGUGGUCCAAUCAGUGAACAGUCUGGCCCGCUCCAAGUACUGCUGACGCCCAAUCAGGAGGGGGAAGAGGUCCGGCCAGCCUACCAGGAUGCAACCCUGGGCCCUGGUCAGCCCCCUCUCCACCCAUCCCUCCCACGCCCUUCCACCAACAACCCCCCAGCACAGGUUGAGGAGGGUGAGAAGGGAGAGCAGGUGAGGAGGGGUGAGGGAGGACAGGGAAUGAGCCUGGAGGAGUUGUUACAGGCUGGGGGUGUGAGACCUGUUGGCAGAUCCCUGGCCAUCUCUCUCCCCUCUCUAUCUCUCAGACUCUGGGAUAUGUCUCACACACACGCUCCCCCCUCACACACACACUCUUACUCUGACCUCCAAUACACACACCCUCCAUCCUCACAUACAAAGCCUGAGCACCCACACACACACUCCGACCUUCCACCCACCCCCUGCUCCUCCCGCAGUCAGCCCCACCCCUCACCCCCCACUGCCUCUCCACAUUGGCCCGAUCAAGGUUCCGCCGCCAACACCUUCACACGUCAUUGGUCCUCCUGGAGCGUGGACCGCCUAGAUGCCGUGGUUACGCCAUAUGACACACCUCCAGACCGCCGCCUCCCCUUUAGGCCACACCUCUCCUACCGAAACUACAACUCCCAGCCUGCCCCUGGGCAGCAUGACGCCUGUGACCCUGAGGAGGCAGAGUUUUCAGAGCUGGACUUCCUAUACCGGGCCAGCCUCCAGGCAGGAUGUAGAGGUGGUAGCCCGGUCAGGAGGCUGCAGUGUGGGGUAGGAGGGCCAGCCCGUUCCCUCACCCCCAAUGCCAACAUGGAGAGGAGUGUGUACCAGACUGACUGCAGCAGCACAAUGGUCCACAGUCUGAGCGGCACAAUCAUCAACCCGCGUCGCCACCGUCUCGCCGCAACACGCAGCUUUGAGAUGUCCAAUGGUGCAGGGAGUUUCUGGUGUCUGACUGGGGUGAAGCUAUCUCCAGACCACUGAUCUGCCUCCAUAUGCAUCUACACAACAGGCUCCUUCCAGACCAGCCCUCUGGGGUCCUAACCCUCCACACCGCAAUAGGCUCCUUCCAGACCAGCCCUCUGGGGUCCUAACCCUCCACACCGGUCCA